AUGUCCCAGUCCAUCAGAGGAGAGAACAAUCCGGUAUAUCGUACAAACGAUCCAGAGGAGCGGAGAAGCCCAGGACAAAAUGAAGAUACUCUAUGCUCUGAUGAGGAUGUGCUGUACACAGAAGAUGCCGCAGAGCCAACAAGAAUCUCAACAUGCGGCCCAAACUGUCCCAGUAGUGAGGGAGAAGACAGGUUGGAGGCUACGUAUGUAGCUGGCGAUGAAUCUAAACGUACUAGCGAAAAUCAGGAUUACUAUGCGGCAGAUGAUAACGAUGAUGAUGUCCCCACCCCAGAGGCCACUGAAGUAAAAUCUGUAAUAUCUGAUCCGAUAGCAGAAAAUGAAGGAAAUACCGACACUGUUGGAAACACUGACGACGGACCCCAAGUCAUGCAAGCAGUGACUGAUGAUGGUGACAUGGAACCUUAUGCUGUUGCAAACAUGUCUGAUCAUGAAGCCUAUCUCAGUGCAACAACAAACGUUCGCCAACAGGCUUCAGAUGACUCUAGACCUGACACCACUCAACAUGUACACAGGCUUCGCAAUACUCCCAGUGCCAAGGAACUUCAUACAAAUCCAAUGUACGGAGCAGACAUUGAACAGGACUCGGGAGACACUAGGAAUGACUCUGAUGUGCACCAGCCUGGCAAUCCACUGAACGUGAAGAAACUUAAAGGCUGUUUUGCAGUGAAUGGAAGUACGACAAUAUUCCCUACUUUGGUGGUUGUCAUGCUACUAGUCGGAGCAAUAACAUCAGGAGUCAUCAUUGGGAUGUAUGAAAACAGCCAAGGCAUGCAAGCGGACAGUCCUAUGCAACAAGUCAACAACUUGAGUGCAUUGAAUGCAACAGAAUCGACUAGCACCUUGUCAACUAUAACUAUCAUCACUGAGAGUAUCAACCGACCCAGCCUAAAGGGUAUCAAUGACAGCAACCCACCCACUACCAACUGCAAGCGCAGAGCAAAUGAGCUGAUUGUGAUCGAUGAUGCCUUCUACGGACGGAAGAAAAAAGAUACUCGCUGUGGGUGUAGUAACCUCUGGCGUCGGUUUAAGCCUUGUAAAAAGUGUCAAGAAGUCAACACCAGUCCAUCUGCUGUAAGCCCAAGGUCCCGUGUAAUAAGAAGAUGUCAGGGGUUACAGAAGUGUGACGUGAAAGUAGAAAAGGGCAUGUUUGGUGACCCGUGUCCAAAGAGAAGGAAGCACUUGUACCUGGAAGCAACGUACCACUGUGAAGAAAAGAAAGACAGUGUCACCUUUGGAAGAAAAGGCUACCGCCCGAUUGUGGGAGGACUGGCCGUGUCCUUGACUAACGAGAUAUUUGUGGCUGACAAGAGCAAGAAAAGAAUCCAGGUCUUCAGCAUGAAGGGACGUUUGCUUCGCAGUUUCUCCACAGGAAACAUGAAACCGCGUGCCGUGUGCACGGGCCACAACAACACCCUGUGGGUCGUUUUGUACAGAGGUUCCCCUAGCCGACGUUCCACUUACGAAAACGCCAUCCAACAGUACAGCAAAGAGGGCCAUGUCCUGGCCAAGUUCACAUGCAAGGACAUUAUAAUCCAUGGGAUUGCCUGGCACAAACUUUCUGACAGAAUCAUACUCAGUCUGAGGGUAUCAGGAAGUAGCCGCGUAAAGGUUGCAUGGUUUAGUCCUACUUACACCCAGGAGUCGCCAACGUGUAAUGUGCACGGGUUUGGAUCAGAGGGAGGAAGCUUACCACAGUCAGUUACCGUGGACCAAAAUGGAAACAUCUUCGCCGCAGAUCAGUCAAACUCUCGCGUUUUAAAGUACGACAAGAGCGGAGUCUACCUGUCCAGUUUUGGCAGCAAAGGCAGUGGAACAGGGAAUCUUUAUUUUCCCUCAGGAAUCUGUGUGGACAGUUCGGGGCGUGUGAUUGUGGCUGAUACACGGAACAGCCGGGUGGAGAUGUUUACAGCUGAGGGAGAGCACGUCCGCACGGUAGCUUACAUUCAUCGACCCAAUCAUGUUGCUACAGGUGGGGAGGGGCAACUUGUGGUGAUAAAUGAUGAUCGCUUCGCAACCAUCUUUCCCAAAUAUUAG